AUGGCCGAUACUAAGUCGCGCCCUUUGGCUCCCGCCCCGCCGGGUGCCAACGCCGCUCUCGAUGCCCAACAACGCAGGAAAAAUGUAGGCACCGCCUGUGCCGCCUGCAAGACUCGAAAGCUCAAGUGCACAGGUUCCGUGCCCUGUGCCAACUGCGUCAAGAGCAAAGUCGAAUGUACCCUCGACCGGAGUGCCGAUAAGCGUCGUCGGGGCGCCCUCAAACGCAAAAUCGAUCAGCUCGCCGACCAGGAGGAUCUUCUUGUCCGGCUCGUCAGCGUUCUCCGCGAGAGUGGCAACCGUCGCGCUGUUCCCUUGAUCAACCUCAUCCGCAGUGACGCCUCGUUGGACGAGAUCCGUUACUACAUCAACCACCAGCUGCCUCGCUUGGACCUAGCCCAAACUCCGGAACUAGUCGAAGUAUGCCAGGAGGUGAAGCAACUCCAGCCGUCUGAGUCGCGGUCCAUGCGGCGGAUUCUCGACGCCAAACGGUUAUCCGACAUUCCUCGCUUUCAGGUCCCCGCUCGACCUUGGACGACCGUCGUCUCCGAUAAUGAUUUCGUUUCCCAUCUCAUCUCGCUAUGGCUCACAUGGUCGCAUCCGUUUCGAAACUGGAUCGAUAAGGAAUUGUUUGUGCGGGACAUGCAGGCAGGAUCGCUGUCGGCUCGAUUUUGCUCACCGUUCUUGGUCAACAUUAUCCUAGCGGAAGCUUGCGCAUACUCUGAUUAUCCCGAGGCAUAUGCGAGACCGGGAGAUGCGGCUUCGAAAGGAGCCCGCUUUUACGAGGAGGCCAAGCGUUUACUGGACAAGGAAGAGGGGCGGAUUACGCUUCCAACCGUCCAGGGACUAGGUGUAUUGUGGGCAUGUGCUUCGAUGACUGGGCGGGAUCGCCAAGGGUGGAUUCACCGCGGCCAACUUGCCUAUGCUAUCCAGGAACUUUCGCAGAAGAAUUCCGUUCUGGCGUCCGAUGCCGAUGAAGAUACGCUCCGCAUGGUUCGAGUUAUCAAUGGGACCGUUUGGGGACUGUUUAACAUGGCCACAAGUCACGCCUUGGCCGACAAGAGCCGCCCUUUAAUCAAGCCGCCGCAGCGCCACAGUCUACCCCUCGUCAGCCAUGAAGGCGACUCGGACGAAUGGCGACCGUAUCCGGAUCACGCAGAAGGAACUGAGGGGCAUUCUGUCUGUCUGUUCAGCGCGCUGUGCGGCUUGAGUUUGAUUGCCUACGAUGUAGCGACCUUCUUCCACCGCGAGGCGCCAUCGCGCCCACGGGCGGAGACGGAAAGCAAAGUGGCAGACCUUUAUGAGCGUCUUCGUCUCUGCUCCGAUCGGUGGCCCACGUGUCUGAAGACUAAACUCGAGGCUCCGCAUAUCCUCUGUUUACAUAUGUAUCACCAUGCGAUCAUCAUGAGAAUCUACGAGCCGUUGAAAGAAUAUUCUACACUGCCCGUUCCGACUAUUUCGCCUGUGCGCUCCCGUGAGAUGUGCUUCUCGUCAGCGCGUAAUAUCGCCCACCUGAUGCGGAUCCACCGUUCUUGCUGGGGUCUCGACCGCAUGCCCGUCAGCAACAUCCAGUGUAUCACCGAGGCUUUGUUCACGUUGCUGGAUGACUUGGAGGAGCCCAACAACCGGGAGGCAUUUAUCACCCUCAGUAUCGCGGCCAAGGCAUUUUCGCGACGAUGGGAGUCGAGCCGGACCAUCCUGGGCACGCUCCGCACGACCGCCCAGGCGAAGAGGCUGGCACUGCCCACGGAAACCGACUCGCUGUUUACCAUUACGGUUGCGCCGCCGCCGCUUGGCGUGCGCGACAGCGUUGACCUCCUUGAUGACAGUGAGGAGGCGUAG